AAAACAAGAGCGUGCAGUUACAAAGUGUGGAUCUACAAAACAGAUCUGACCUCAACUACUGGAACGAAGCAAAGUUCUGCUUUAAAGUCUCCAAAGUGUCAGCAACCGAGACAAUAUGAACACCACUGAUCCAGGCUCCAACGUCACCUUUACUUCUAACACAGAAAACAUCACCCUGUCCACCCUCACCACCACCACCACUGCCACCUCUGCCACCAUUCGACAGCCCCCAUCUUAUUCUUCAGACAUCCACGACCCAGAAUUCACCAUCAUGGUGGUGCUGGGGCUGUCGCUGCUGCUGGCAGGGUUUGCAGCCUUCCUGGCAGUGUGCCGGCCCUCUGAACAGGACGGGGACUCUGAGGCGAGCUGCGGGCCGGGGGAGAGUUUGACUCGUAGAAGGAGGACGUCUAGCGAGCCCCAGCUGAAGGUGUGGAAGAGGCUGGGCUCGUAUCGGCGUUCGUACAAUCUCUCCUUCAGACGGCCGCCUCAUCGCAGGCCGCAGGAGCGUGAGAGCACACACGCUCCCCUGCCUCCAACUCAACAGACAACACAGCCAGAGGCCAGCGGAGAACCCCACCUCACUGUGCCUUGUCUAUUUGACUAUGUUACCGAAAUCUGA